AUGUCAGCCAGAUAUCAGUCUUCCGUCUCCGUUGUGCCAAUCACCCCUGUGCAGGUCACACCAGAGAACACACCACAGACCGGCAGGCAGACGGGGCUAAGUAUUUCCACCGAAUCGGCUCCAUGGCCUGUGAUGAUUACGGGGAGUUCUCCGGUUCAAGAUAAUGUUGAACCUGCAAGCAAACCUCCACUUUACGAUGAACGACUACCUCGGUUGUACUACGAGAAUUUCCAUGUCGCCCAUCCAGUCUUGGUGCCCAGCUCAUUGUAUAAUGAUCGGAACUACCCUCAUUUCCUGCAGAUGGCAGUGAAUUUUGUGGGCUCUCACUAUGUUGCAUCUAUCUCCAGCCAGCAACACAAGGAUCAAGUUGUUGCCGAGUUGAAAACCAACCCCGAUCGAUCGCCUUGUAUGGUCCAGGCUUGGCUGAUCUAUUCCAUUGCUCUCUAUGCUCGCGAUGAAUGGCAAGAAGCACAAGAGGCUUUCUCUAAUAGCAUUGACAUUGCUUUGGAGCUUGGCAUGAACCGAUGGUCAUUCGCUUCAUCGGCGAACCCGGAAAGGUCCAUCGAAGCAGAGAGCAUGAGAAGGACAUGGUGGGAACUUUAUGUUACCGAUAUCUUCAUGGCGGUCUCUUUGAAGACAACAACACUUCGGUGUAGCACUGUCUCGCCGGAGGUGGGCUUGCCUUGCGAGGAGUCUGCAUAUAAUAGCGGAUGUGAAGUUACAAAACCUCGAAUGAUGAUCGAGUUCAAGCGGAGGAUUCUCGCUGCAGAAGACCCAGUUUUUUCAUCAUUCAGCUAUCGCAUUGAGGCCACGACCAUCCUAUGCCGAGUUCUUAUUCUAAAUCGACUACGAGACUGUCACCGCGAUCAUCUUCAGGCCAUCGAAAAUGCACUAGUGAGCUGGAUCAACCACCUUCCACCAAAGAAACUCGACAUUCUUGAUUCAUAUGGUAACGUCGAUGAAAUGAUGUUCCAAGCACACUUGACAAUAGCAUACGCUGCCAUGCUCCUACACCUCCCGCGCAGCGACCUUCCAUCUGUAUUAUCCCAAUCUCAGCCCGAUGAGCGGUUCUGGCCCGGUCUUUCUGGUCAACUCUCAUCAACAUUCACCCGCUUAGUUCACAGCAUCAAAGCAACCGAGGCCUCAAGACGAAUCUCCGACUCUAUUUCUGUCUGUCCAAACGUCCCAAAGCACACACCUUUUAUAAUUCCCGCCUUGGCCCUCUGCGGACUCAUCCAACUCGCCACUUCGACCAGCCAUUCAGAGGAAUGUUUCGAUCACCAUUGCAAUCGAGUCACCCUCAUCUUGGGAUGUCUCAAAAGCACGCAACGGACCUGGAUACUAGCCGAGUCCGUGUACCAUGGCCUCCGAUCUUCUGCAUCGGACAUUCUCUCCGAUUCCAUGGCGAAAUGGAACGCCGAGCCUCUGCAUAGAUUCAUGCCAGCAGUCUCGACACCGAAUGUGCAGGAAAGACCAAGCUCGAGUGCAAACCCGGCCACGACUAUGACAUACGGACAAGACUUCACACCGCCAGAGUUUACUUCAACAUUUAUCGAUCCUACUUGUUACAAUGCUUCAUUCUUCAGUGCUAUCCCUGACUUUGAUAUCAAUUAG